AUGCCCCGAGGCUUCGACCAACCCACGUCAAGUUCUGCGUCCCGAGCUACCAAUGCGGGACUACGCGAGCAGAGCAAUCAACCAUCAAACAUAAGAACUAGACAGGGUCGGUUCGAAGCUCCUGCUACGAUACCGGGAGCCGGAGAGGCGAAGCAACCAUACCCGACCACAUCCAGACGCAAGUCUAGUAGUCCCUCAGCUUUGCCCCUCCCACAAGCAUCGAGCGAACCUCAACCGCCUCCUUCCGGACGCAAAUCGCCUGCCUAUUUGCAAGGCAGGAACCCAUAUGGCCGAGUCUUGGAGAAGGCCCAGCAUCCGUACCGGGAGCCCGAGGCAGUGACAACAGCACCUGUACCGCCUUCCCAAGCUGGCUCUAAUAUCGGUUCACGACCACCUGCGGUGGGCGUCACAGACUCCAAACAACAAUCUCUGGCCCAAGAGCCGGGUCGACGCGGCACCCAGACAACAUACCCGCCAUCAAGACAGCCACAGGUCCCCAAGUCAGUUCGCUCUGCCAAAGACUUCUUCGAGACGGAAGCCUUUCAACGUCCGUCAGCGUCCCGUCCCCCACCUUCAGUUCCUGGUACCAGUGCCGCGAAGGCGCUCGCACCGCAGACCUACCCCUCUAGUUCCUCUCUCGAAUCUCCUGCCCAUGCUCCCAACCCGAAGUUGUCUUCUACUGCUGAUGAGCAAGCCCUCGAUACUGGGCUGCUAUUGUCUUCUCCCACGGAAUUUUACGAUACUCGCGAAUCUGUGCAGUCUGUGAUCUCCUACAAACAAGGCGAAGCCGACGAGUGUGCUCCCAUCAUCACGACACAGAAAGCAACGCCCCCGGCCGUACCAUAUGAUCAGGGAGAGGAGCAGUACUUUUCCGACAUAGAGCGAGAAUCCAUUGGUCGGCGGAAGUCUGCCAACAUCUUUGCAGGUAAAUCCGACGGUGCAAGGCUUUCAAGUCUCGGUCAACAGGCUGGACAGGACAGCUUUGCGAGCGAUAACAUCUCCAAGGCGUCGCUUCCUGACACUGGCGGGGUCAACCCAAUCGGUCACAAAGAUCCUUCUGACGAGAUUGUGAGGCGUCUCGCUACCCGCAGUUCAAUACCAGCUGCUGAGACCAGGCAAGCCAGCAAUCCGAACCCUCCGUCGCAACAGGAAGGUAGACGUGCGAAGUCUGGUCGCGAUCUUCGAAGGACUUUCGAGGAAGACAACGGGAUCUCUCCCAAACGGCUCAGGCGCAGUGGAUCACACACUGCUUCUUUGACCGAAAGUGGUACUUCAGCGAAGGAACCCGUCGAUCGUGUCGCGGAGUGGACCCAGAGUACGGAUGUUGGAAGUCCUCGCAACCAAUCUGGGAAGUCCUUCGGUGUGCGUAGACGAGCUGAGGAGAUCGUGGCAAGGAAUCUCGGCCACGACGGUGCAAGUGACAUGAGUGUCUCUCGACAAAGCUGUAUCUCAGGCUCGAUACCAACUGCCAACAUUGGUGUCGAAGAGCAGUAUAGCGAGACCAAAGUGCCGGACGAUGUCGACAACCGCCAAGGGUACGGACGUCGCGUCACACAAGAUUUUGGCUUCCCAGGCGCACGGAUCAAGUCGCAUGGCAUCAACAAGACAAGCCGACCGUUACGAGACCCUGGCAAUUGGACCAAGCGAGCGUGUGGGCACUUCUCAUACAUGGGCAAAACCGAACACCGCGAGCUUGCACAAGAGAAAAUAUGUCGGCAAUGUUCGACCCGAGUACCAGUGCUUGAAGAGCUACUGUCUACGAAGCGGCGGACACGCAGACGAGCUUCAUCAGAAUCGUUGACCUCUACAACCCCUUCAUCAAAAAUCUCCACAGAUGACUGUUGCCGCCGGCAGAGGCGUCGUCGGUGUCACUCUGAAAGCAUGUCGCAUGACAGAUGCGGAGAUAAAUUCGCUGAUGAGUUGGGUCACAUCAUCGACAAUAUCCUAGAAGAGCAUGCAAACACACUUCAGAAUGUCAUCAGCAACAUCAAGAACACCCAACCCAGUCUCGACCAGCUGCGAAGGGUGUCUGGAGACCUUGUUCAGCGAUGCAAUACCAACGGAUGUGACAGGAAUCGCUGCCGGACAUCCUGCCGUUCAGCACAUGAAUCUUGUCGACGAGACGAUGAUUGGCUUCCACCCUGCCCAUAUCUCCCACCCAAAGCGGCAGAGAAACUCAACGUUGGGGCUACAGGCCAAGUCAAGCCGAACCUCAACGAUCCUCAAUCGAGCCUGCGUGAAGAAGUGCAGUCGAUACCCGAUCUUGUCGACCUUGUCAAAUCUGCAGCUGACGAUCUUGGCUUCGAUCUUGACCGAAGGCCCACCGCGACCGACGAUGACAUAUUCCACAACGCCCCUUACGAGACCACACCCAUGGAUUCUGUCUCACGUCACACGGAUGCUUCCUUUGGAACAGCAGAAAACAGGGCUACGGAGGACGAGCCACUAACCGAGGACAGCUGGCUACAGCAAACACGUAGACACUUGACCGAACUUUCGGAGGCCCGAGAGCAGCUUAUGGACGAAUUGGAUUUCAUCGCUGGAGAUCUUGACGUCAAGUUUCGAGACCAACCAGAGGUUGAGUCGGUGACUGAUUCGGAUGCACCACAUGCACACCGUGUACUCAGCAAAGCUCCCACGGGUCUCUCGCGUACAUCCACAUUACAGAGAGACGCUCUUAUCGACUCAGUGCAGCGUAUGCUCAGCAAAGCGGCUACUGGCAUCUCACGCAGCUCUACAUGGCAUGAGCAGGAUCAGGGAGAAGAGGCUGCUGAUGACCUCGAUUUCAGAAGAGCGCCUACUGGCAUUUCAUGCAGCUCUACUUGGCAUGAGCAGGGUCAGGGAGUGGCUGCUGAUGACCUCGAUCUCAACCCGGCACAGCGCAGAUCAACCAAAACCCCUACCGGUCUCUCACGCACGUCUACUUCGCAGAGAGAUGCUAUGAUCGACUCGGUGCAACGUGUACAGCGUGUGCUCAGCAAGAUCCCUACCGGCCUCUCACGCAGCGCUACACGACAUGGAGAAGAUGACGGGAAUGAGGAAGAGAAAGAAGCAGUCGAUAAUCGCAGUCUCGAACUUGUGCAGCGUGUACUGAGCCCAACCCCUGCAGACUUCUCGCGCACGUCUACAUCGCAAACAGACGCCAUUGUCGACUCGGUGCAGCGCGUGCAACGCGUGCUCAGCAAGAUUCCUACCGGUCUCUCACGCAGCUCUACAUGGCAUGCAGAAGACGAGGAGGCCAUCGAAGACCCCGACGUCGAGCCAGUGCAGCGCGUAUUGAGCAUGUCUCCGCCUGGUAUUUUGCAGGCCUCUACGUGGAUCAGGGAUGCUUCUGUCGACGCAACACGACGUGUACUCAGCAAGCCUCUUACUGGCCUCUUGCGCAGUACUACUUGGCAUAGCAUGGGGGACGAUCCAGCAGACAGUUCUUUCGUCGAGCCCGUACAACGUGUACUCAGCAAGGCUCUUACUGGUCUCUCGCGCAACUCUACAUGGCAAAAAGAUGAUGAUGCACCGGUAGACGAAACCCAAGAGGAUACGUCUGCUGACUUCGAUGCUACUCAGACUGGUCAGCACUACGAUGAAGACGAGUCGUUCGACGAGCCUGCGCAGCCUACGCUCGAAGAGGUCAACAGUGGCCUCUCGCGCGCAUCUACGUGGCACGGUAACAGACUUGUCGAAGACGAAGAGCCUGGAGCUGACGUUCUGGGUCUGCAUGAGGAUGAUCUGGUGGCCAAGAUUGUGCAAAGUGUUCUCAGCAAGGCGCCCUCUGGCUUCUCACGCGCGUCCACAUGGCAGGGCAACAAGACUGUCGACAUCGAUGAACUCGGGGCUGACGUUUCGGAUCACCAGGAGGAUGAUCUGGUUACCGCAAUGGUGCAGCGUAUUCUCAGCAAAGCAUCCACUGGCAUCUCAAGCAGACCAACCUGGCCCAGUUCCAACACUGCCAACACCGUCGAAGAUGAAGUUCAAAGCGUUGUCGAUAAGAGUGUCGACGAGCUUCGGCUCAGCCGCGCACUCACUCGGAUUCUCAGCCAACCAAAAGAGCCUCCAUCUGCUGGUCAAGAGCCAUACAAGGCUGAAGACUUUUCGCCUGAAGAGAUCUAG